CUUUUAAAUAAACUGAAAAAAAAAGAAAAAAUCAAGGUUCAAGAAAAGGCAUUUUUAAAACAAGGACACGAAAUAUUAACUGAAAAGUUCGGAAAUAUUUUGAAAGAUUCAAAGUUCUUUGACGUCACCUUGAAAGUUGGGGAUGAAACGAUUCCGGCUCACAAAGCAAUUCUUGCGGGUCGUUCCUCGGUGUUCGAAGGAAUGUUUGAAAGUAAUAUGAAAGAAAGUCGGGAAAAUGUGGUGGAAAUUGCGGAAAUGACGCCAGCAAUCGUCAAGGAAAUGUUGCAAUACAUAUACACUGGAACUAUUGAAAAUUUGUCAGUGGAUGCAGCAGUAGAUCUUUACGUAGCUUCAGACAGAUACGACUUACAAGAGCUAAAGGGAUGGUGCAAAGAAUUCAUCCUGGAACACAUCUCAUCAGAUGACGUAUGCAGAGUAGCGGUGAUUGCAGAUUUACACUCUGAUGAAGAGCUUGCUAAAGCUUCAAGGCGCAUUUUCAAAGACAACCCGAAGACGAUAGUGGAAUCUGAGACCUGGAGAGAUUUCAAGAAGGAGAAUCCCUCUUUGCACGCUGACUUAUUGGAAAGCGCUUUGAUAAAUGACUAUUAG